AAGGUCUUCCACAUGACGCAGCUACUCCAUGGCAACCAAAUUUUGAUGACGGCAUUUCCGAUGACCAUUUAAUGGAGAUGGACAUCAAUACAAAUAAGCCAUGUGACGCAACAUCAGUACCUGGCCCCUCUAACCGCCAACCAGCAGCAACAGCAGUGGCUGGACCCUCCCGCCAUCCAGCAUCAGCAGUGGCCGGACCCUCCCGACAACCACCAGCAGUGGCUGGACCUUCCCGUCAACCAAGAGCAGUGGCCGGACCCUCCCGACAACCACCAUCAGUAGCCGGACCCUCCCACAGUCAACCAAGAGCAGCAGCAGUAGCCGGACCCUCGUCUUUUCAUGUUGGGGGAUCUAAGAAACGUGUUGUAGAUGCACCGCCUGCAAGAGAACCCAAUCUCCCUACUCAUCACGUGACCAAAGUGAGUCAAAAACAUGUACGCAAAUACAAUGCUAAUGUAACUGAUUACACCGUUUCUUUCCAACCCAUAGAAAAUAACGGUCCCAUGAUAGAAAUGAUGCCACGCGUAAAUGAGAUGUUUGAAAAUAUCAUUGAAGAGAUGGUUGAGGGGGUAAAUGAUAGAGAUUUUGUUAGGAUUGUUUUCAAUUCCCCACAAUUAGAUAGACCCGUUAGUAUGCCAUUUGUAAGGAGGGAUCAAAUGAAUCACGAAGCAUUUGCAACCAAACUUGAGAAUACUAUUCAAUCGAAUGAUAAGGUAAGCUUGGACGAAACAGUCUCUUUCAACAUAUUACACAUGGCUAUGCCAAAUGGUGGUGGUUCCAAUGUGAAGUGCUUAACCAUCGAAGAGACAUUGUCCAGAAAAAGAUGCAUCAUCAGGAUGAAGAAUAAAGAUAACAUGUGUUGUCCAAGGGCUAUCGUAACUGGCAUUGCCCGGAUUGAAAAACACCCUAAUUUUGAGUCGAUCAAACGUGGUUACAAACAGCAAAGGGAAAAGACGGAAUUCAUGGCCGGUUUCAGGGUGGUGGUUGUUUCAAAAGAGCACUUAAACUUCAUUACGUAUGCUGGCCCCGAAGACAGGCAGCAUACCAUUUAUCUGUAUGUUCAUGACAAUCACUUUGAUCUCAUUACAUCAAUGGCCGCCUUCUACAACAAGUCAUAUUUUUGCCACGAGUGUUUGGUAGGAUACGACAAGAAACUCAGACACGACUGCAUUUUCCGCUGCAAACUUUGCAAGGGAGAUGACUGCCCCGCCUCCAAUGACCCCGAUUCCUACAAAUGCAUUAGCACCUGA